UUUCUUUUGCUUUUUCAAUAACCUUGUAUACAAUGUUAUUUAGCUCACCCUCAAAACACGAGGUGUAAUCGAUUAAGAAUCAUUCGAGCUUUUCAAAUUCAAAACCAACAUUUGGAAAAAGGAUUGUGUUUUUGACCAACUGCCCUCCUGCAAAUAAUUAUGGAGAAAGAAAAUGAGCCUCAAACGCUCGAGUUAAAGCAGACUGAGGAGGCCCUAACGGUGUACAACCAAGUCCGGGAAUUGCUUAAGAAGAACAGUCACAUAAUCAACCGGCUGCCGAAGGCUUUUCAAAGAAUCGCAGGCCCGGAGUCGGAGAUGGAGAAGGAACGAGAUGAUAAAAAAACUAUUCGAUGUCUCAGACGGGAUCUGAAGAGGGCCAAUAAUACAAUCAGUGAGCUGCAGAAGGCGAAACGCGCCUGUGCGCAUCGACAAAUUCAGCCGCAGAUGACAGCUGGAUUUUCAGAUUCCUCAGCUACUGCGAGUCAAAGCGUGCUGACUAAGAAGGCCGAAGAAAUGGGAGAUUAGAGACGCCUGACCUAGCAAUCGCUCUCGCCAUUGUUAUUUGAUGGUUAAA